AAAAUCCACUCAGUGCGGAGCGCCUCGCACGUGUUAGCCGGACGCACCGCGUCUCCCAGCAAUCUGCCAGCACGCCUGCGACGCCUGUGGCACGGUCGUCGCUGCGUCAAAAACACCAGAGAAGCCCCAAGAGCAUCUUCACUCAGAGGAGCAUCCAGCCAAAGAUGGCCCGUACCGCGCUCGCGCUACUGUUAGCCAGCCGCGCGGCCGCGCUCGUGCCGUCCUUGCGCAGCGCCGCCGUCGCAACCCCGAAAACCGUCACCCAAGUUUCGUACCUGAGCGAGGUCGAGGACGCCGACAAGAAGAAAAAGUGGUGGGACCAGGACGAUCCCGACCGGGAGGAAUCGAACCCCCGGGACCACACGGGCAUCGGCGAGGCCGAUUCGAACUACGGCCCGACGAACUACGAGGGUUUCAUCGACGCGGACGGCUUCGACGGUGGAGACGGGCAGGUCGGCGUCGUCGGAGACGGCAAGAACCACAUGGAGGAGUUCGACAUGUCUGCGGAAGAUUCGAGGGGUCUCAAAGGCGGGCGCAAGCUGAACCAGAUGGGCGGCAGGGAGUCGAAGUUGAAUGCGAAGAACGCGUGGGGCACGACGACGGGCUACGCGGACGAGUUGGCGAAGCGGGGCAUGGUCGAGAUCGACGAAUAUGGAGAGGACAAGCUCGCGCGACGCCGGCAGCAGCUCGAGAACUGGCGCAACCAGGAAGAAUUAAGGAUGAAGAAGGAUCAUCAGAUGGCCGAGCUCGCUUCUCUACAGGGCAAGGAGUACCGCCACUUCAACCACGGUUCGUACUUGCAGCAGUUCGACAACGGGCCGAAGGACGAGGUUUCCUCGGAGCAGGUCACGGGCAUGACCGCGGGCGACCUGACGGACACCGUGGCUGUUUCUGCCAGGCUGAACGCGCGCGGCGGCGCCACCAUCACCGUGCGCAACGAGUUCUCGACGUACGCCGACUUCACGGCGGGCUUCACGGCCGGUUCUUCUUCCGCGGUGACCGUCGAGCCGACGCACGGCACGCUCAACAGACGUGCCGGGGACCCGCAGGAGUUCGUCAUCAAAUUCCAGCCGACGGACUACGCCGAUUCCUACGACGCGACGCUGGUCAUCGAGACGGAGGACAUGAAGCAGACCUACGAGAUCAUCGGGAAGCUGCUCUGAGCGUGCCCUGUUUCCCCCCACCUCUCGGCGUAAGAAGCCUCUGUCCUUAAAUCGCGGCGACGGCGUACCGGGGGGGGGCGAUGCGUGCGCUGUCGAGUCUGGGGAAAACAACUUAAUACGCCCAUCGGUUCCCGCCAGCCGCUCCUCGAGGCCCCGGGCGAGGCGCUCCAACAAUUCGUCAAAACGGGUUUUUUCACCCUGCGCGAGCGCGCGCAAAAAUAGCCGCAUCCGUGCCCCAACAGCUUGCAACGAGCGCGCGCAAAAAUAGCCGCAUCCGUGCCCCAACAGCUUGCAACGAGCGCGCGCAAAAAUAGCCGCAUCCGUGCCCCAACAGCUUGCAAGGCAGCGAGCGACCCUGGACACACGUCCGUUCGAACGCUAAAGCGCUGGCAGCGCGUCGAGCAAGCAUCUCGCAGCAGAGCCAUGGAGGUUCCCGCAAGCGAGCGCGCGGAAACCACUGCGCCAACGCAAGCCGCGCCGACGCAAGCCGCGGGCGGCGGCGGCGCGGAGCCGCACGACAGCCUCGCCGAUCCGCCGGCCGACUGGCCGCGCGAGGGCCCGUUCGACGACCCAACAAAACCCGAAAAAGCAUAUGUCGAGGCCGCUAUGCGGACGGCGCUCACGUCCAAGCUCGGGCUCGCGGCGGAGGACGACCGGGUCUUCGCGGAGGCGGCGCCGGGCGGGCCGGCGAGCGCCGCAGACGACAAGGAGGCGCGCGAGAUGCUGCGCUACUUAGAUGAAGAGAGCGCGCUCUACGCCGCGGGCGUGGCCGUCGACGACACGGAGCGCGAGCUGGCGGCAGCGGAGGCGGCGCGGCGCAAGGCCGGCGCACCGCCCUCGAAACGGCCGAAGGGCCUCGAGUCGAAGGCCUGGAAGGGCGGCUUUUUUGAUACGAAGCGGCCGGCGGCGAAGAAGAAGCCCUUCGACAAGAUGCGGCUGCUGCCGCCGGCGCCGGACUCGCCGGG